CACAACCGCCAAACAGUCAGCUGAAUCAGGUACAAUGAUGCGUGUCGGGCGAUUUGCUGUUGUCAUAGCCGUCAUAUUGGUCUGCUGCAACGCUGAUCCACACAGGGAACAAGAUGGGAGCGUAAGUGAUCACAGCUCAGGACGCUACGACGCUAAUGGUUUUAGACAAAAAGAAUUCGAUUACCUAUUGAGACUUCUACUGCAAAACGAACAUCGGAAUGGUGACCGUAACUUAAACGGUAUCGGAGGUAGCACUUUGAUGGGAAGGAACAUUAAUGGUGGUCUAGGAGGGAGUACGCUAUUAGGACGUAACGUAAACCGUUAUGAAGCAUUAAAAAGUGGCAAUAGAAAUUUAAAUGGAAUCGGUGGCAGUGGAAUGCUGGGCCGUGAUGUAGGGGAACAGAGAGAAUUAAGUGCUCGUUUUGUUGAUCCCCUAGGCGGAAGCAACUUCGUUCGCAACUUGGAUUCACUUGGCGGAGGAAAUUUCGUCAGGAACCUUGAUUCACUCGGCGGAGGAAAUUUCGUCAGGAACCUUGAUUCACUUGGCGGAGGGAAUUUUGUCAGGAACCUUGAUUCACUCGGUGGGGGGAACUUGGUGAGGAACCUUGAUUCACUAGGCGGGGGAAACUUUGUCAGGAAUCUUGAUUCACUGGGCGGCGGAAAUUUUGUAAGGAAUCUGGAUUCACUGGGCGGGAGUAACUUUGUCAAGAAGAACCUUGAUCAGAUCGGAGGACCUAACCUUGUUAAGAGAAACUUAGACUCUCUGGGCGGCGGUAAUUUCGUUAGAAAUUUGGACCCUCUCGGUGGUGAUAACUUUAUGCGAGCGGUGGAGCUGGGCGAGGGAAACGUUCUUUAAAAUUAUUCGUAAAAUUGUUACAGUUUUCUCACUCGUAUAGUAAAUAGUAAUGGAACAACGUAUAGAUUGUGAUAUGAGAUAGUUAAUACUUGUUUGUCGUUUAUUUAUUUAAAUUGUCAACGUUAAAUAGAUUUCUUGCAAUA